GGCAGCAUCUCAAGGCGCGUGCGCGGACGAGCCAGUACGGAAGUCAGAAGAGGGUCGGGCACGGACCAGACUUGACGUGAGGCUCUGGACCUCUGCGGCGGUCAGGAGACAACCAGCUUCCUAAAGCCGUCCCUAGCCCGAGCCCAGCGUUCCUAAGCCUGUGCCCGCGGAACAGCGCCGAGCCACCGUCGGUUAGGCGUUCGAGGCGAGCCCGCGCGCCCGGACAGCGGGGCCGGGAGGUCUCGCGAGACCCGUGUGCCGCACGAGCCGGACCGGCGUCUUGGGAGCGGCUGAAGUGGGAGUAGCGGGAUGGACGAGGAUCUGGUGGUCGCGCUGCGGCUGCAGGAGGAGUGGGACGUGCAGGUGGCGCGGCGCGCGGCGGCGCGGGAGCCCGUGUCGUUGGUGGACGCGUCCUGGGAGCUGGUGGACCCCACCCCGGACCUGCAGGCGCUCUUCCUGCAGUUUAACGAUCGCUUCUUCUGGGGUCAGCUGGAGGCGGUGGAGGUGAAGUGGAGUGUGCGCAUGACCCUAUGUGCUGGGAUCUGCACCUAUGAAGGGAGAGGAGGCAUGUGCUCAAUCCGUCUCAGCGAACCCCUGCUGAAACUGAGACCAAGAAAGGACCUUGUAGAGACUCUUUUGCAUGAAAUGAUACAUGCCUACUUAUUUGUCACUAAUAAUGAUAAAGACCGGGAAGGACAUGGCCCAGAGUUCUGUAAACAUAUGCAUCGAAUCAACCAACUGACAGGAGCCAACAUAACGGUCUACCACACUUUCCAUGAUGAGGUGGAUGAGUAUCGCCGGCACUGGUGGCGCUGCAAUGGACCCUGCCAGCACAAACAGCCCUACUAUGGCUAUGUAAAGCGUGCCACCAACAGGGCCCCCUCUGCUCAUGACUACUGGUGGGCUGACCACCAGAAAACUUGUGGAGGCACUUACAUAAAAAUCAAGGAGCCAGAGAACUAUGCAAAGAAAGCCAGAGGAAAGACAAAAGCAGGCAAGCAGCCAGCAUCGGCAGUGGAGAAUAAAGACAAGUUGUGCAGAGGGGAGGCCCAGCCACUCAUCCCAUUCAGUGGAAAGGGGUAUGUUCUUGGAGACACAAGCACUUGCCCUUCAUCUGGGAAGCUGAACACCUCAUACAUGGUUAAUGAAGCCAAAGGUCUCUCAAGUCAAGACCAUUCAGCGACUGCCCUGAGGCUCAAUUCCAAUGUUGAGGUGAAAUGUGAACAGAAUGGUCUCCCGAAGAAACCUCCUCUUGUCACCCCUCUUCCCACUGCUAGUCACCAGAGUGUCCUGAGCAGCUACUUCCCCAGAGUCUCUGUUGCUAACCAAAAGGUUUUCAGAAAUGUGAAUGGAUCCCCAGUAAAGAGCGGGACCACUGGAGAUGGCACCAAGCAUUCUGCCUCAGUAGGCUCUCAGAGAAAGGUUCCACCUUCCAGGGCAUCCCUGAGAAAUGCCUCCAAAGUCACAGCACCAGCAUCAGCAACUGUGACAUCUGCAGCUGGGACAUCUGUGACCAUAUCCCAAGAGGAGAGUGGGUCUGAAGACCAAUUCCUAAACAAGCGACCCAAGUUGGAGGACAGGACUGCUUUGGAUAAUAUCAAGGAACAAACACAGAGUGGUAGUGACCUUCAUAACAGCUCACGGCCCACAUCCACCAGCACUUCUCGGAGCUCAGGCAGCUCAUGCAGUCAACGACGGCUGGUCAACUGUCCAGUGUGUCAGGGUGUGGUUUUGGAGUCGCAGAUUAAUGAGCACUUGGACCGCUGCCUGGAAGGCAACAAAACCAACCUGCGACCUCGAAGAGUGUGAGCUGGAGUGGAUCCCACACUGCCUGUUGGCAGUCACCUGGCAGGUGAAGGACCUGUGGGUUACAGUCUGACUUACUGCACCAGCACAGUGUUGUUUUAUAUAUACUCAAUGAGCAACUGUAGUUUAAGUCUGUGUCUUCAUCCAGGGGGUGUGCCUGUAAUACCAGUUGCUCAGGAAGAUGAGGCAGGAGCAUCACUCUAGCCCAUGAUCCUGAGUAAUGUAGGGAGCCUCUGUCUCAGGAGCUUACGUGUCAGUGUGCUGUGUUCACCCAUACCUUACCAGGACAUGGGCUUCAUUUGUCCUGUGUCCAUGUAUGGCUUUAUGUACUUUUGGGUUUUUUGUUUUGGUUUGUUUUGUUCAUGAAGGUUUUAGAGUACUUAACUAUAUUCUCAAGAUAGUCAUAUCAGGAGUCCUGAAGCUGAAUACUUUUAAUAUUAAACCCCAUUCUCUAAGCUGUUAAUCUUUUUGAGGUCUGAUACUUUGUUCAGAUGGUAUGAAACAGUAGUUGUCCUAAAAGCAGUCAGCGUUCUUUCUUUUUUAAAUCAUAACAGCGGAUAAGCUUUCUAUAUUUUACAAGAUUUUACUUUCUACAUGAAGGUGGUAGGCAAAUUUUAAAGACUUCUGCAUUCUUAAUAAUUUAUAUUUUAAAUAUAACGUUUAUUUAUGUAUAUAAUCUGUCCUACUUUUACUAAAAAGUGGCCGCAGAUUUUUAAAGACUCAUAUAUUUAAAGACUUUUUCUAGCUCAUGAUAACUCCUGUUUAAAAUUCCAGUACUUGGGAGGCUGAGACAGGGAGAUGGCUGUGCGGUUUGAAGCCAGCCUAGGCUUAAGCUCCAGUGUGGGCUAUGGUGAGACUAUGUCUCAAGUUUUUUGUUUGUUUGGGCUUUUUUUUUUUUCUUUCUUUCUUUCUUUCUCCUUUUCUUUCUUUCUUUUUUCUUUCUCUGUUCCAUCUUUAUUUACCAAGCAAUGGUUGCAGAAUUGAGAGUAAAGUGGAUAGCAUAUGUACAGUACAAUUGUUUUAAUGUUAAAGCGGUUACUCCGUUCUUCAGGCCAGGUGGGGACUUAAGUGAAUGGUGCUAAAAUGUAACUGAUGUAUAACAUCUCACAAAGCUGCCUGAUUCCUUGAAGAGCAGAAAAUACCUGGGCAGCACUGUGAACUCUACGCCAAAGUGCGAGCAAAAGAUCAUCAUCUGAGCGCUGGGAGCUUGUGUCUUACCGCAUUUGGGCAGAGACAGAGACACAUGUCUCAGUUUGUCUCACGUCUGUCCCUCCACCUUGCUGACUUUGCUCCAAGGUGGAAAAUUCUUGGAAGUGUUGGGGUGAAGCUGGUUUGUCUGCUGUUCCCCUGUAUAACUUCCUCCAUUACCUCCCCCAGGGAGGGUUGUGGGGAGUCCUGCUAUAGCUGUCCCUUCACAGGGCCUACCCUCUCCAUCCCCAAAGGUCACAGUUUGUUACCAGAGAGUGUGAAGGUAGUGUCUUUGUUACUGUGUAGGUUUAUUUUCAUUCCUUUGUAGAAUUUAAAGAUAACUAUAAGUUUCCUCCCUCACCCCAGUAUUAUUGAACCAUUGGAACCCAGUGCAGGGUUAAGUGAUGCUGACAACAGCCACUCAGGAGUGGAACUGUCACAGGGCAUCUGUGGUCGGCUCUAUCCAACUCUUGAGUCCUCUCCUCCCAGCAGCGGGCCACUGUUGACCUCCCAGUACUCCUGACAGGAUCUUCAGCCAGUAGGAUCAGAUAACAAGUUUUGAUAUUUCUUACAGCAUGAAGUUAAAUAGUAUUUAAUGUUUAUAGGUAAAUUGCUAUUAAAGUUUUUUGUUUGGAUAUAUGCCAUAUUUUCACCAAUUUAACAGGUUAUAGACAAUUAAAUAUUUUUGUGCCAAACUACAUAAGUUCUAGGGCUGUGUAGUAAAUUAGGUGGUAGUUCACGCCUUUCAGGAGCUACAUCCUCAGUGAGGGAAAUAUGCACAUUAAUAUUAGUGCCUUAUGAUGGUGCUGGGUCAGGGUUUCACUCUGGCACUGUUUUUUAGUGAGUUGAGUUAGCUUGUUAAGGGAGGGGAAGGGCCUCAGGCAGGGAGAGAACUGGGUACAUCCUGUGGAAACAUAAGACGUUGAGCUGGAAGGAGGGAGAGUGUAGACAUGCAGGCCUAGCCAGGCUGAGGGUGGGACUGCACCUGCUGUGUCCACUAACCACCUAUACAGUGACAGAGAGAGGAUGAACUGGGUAUGCAGAGUACCCAGGUGCAGUCUCAGCAACACCAGCUUCUGAAUGUGGUGAGAAUGCAAGUGGGAAUGUAAUGAGCCUCUAGUAGUUAGAGAAGAUUUGCCCCUGAGUAGUUAUCCUUACCUGUCAUUUUACCAGUGAAAUGUGGAUUUUGUUUGUAUUCUCCCUUUGAAAGCAAAUUUCUAACCUCACAGUGGAGCUAAAGUUGGUUCAGCUCUGCACUUUAGGGCUAUAGUCGUAGGUCCUGUUUCUAUAGAAUUUGUGCUUAUGUCCCAGUUCCCACACUGGCUAAAAGCAACCUUUGAAACCUUUGUUUGGCUUUGGCCAACUGAGCACAUAUCCCAACUGAGACCUUUGAGGUAAAUGGGAAAACACUAAAACCUUAUUCUGUCUUGUUCCAAAGCUCGAAGAUUGUAUUUAUUUUUCAAAGCUUUACAGAUUUUAAAAAUAAACAAUGUUUUGAUGUAAA